CUCGAAGCAGGUGUGUUGGUUGCCGCUCCUCGUGAUUCGUGUCAUGAAUCUGUAUGCUGUCUUUCCUCACAGCGCACCCCUAGAAAACUAACACAUCCCGCCGCCUCCUACCUUCACUGCUUCUCUCCACGUUACCGCAAACUAGCACGUCUGGACGCCUGGACUGACACCUACCUAUCUCCUCCCCGGCCUGGCUCACCACCAGCUUGAGAGUCCACAACAUGGACGGCUCGCUCUGAUAAAGUCAUCGCUCCAAUUUUUCCCAAGCGUUACCAGAAGUGAACUUCGUGCCAGCAAAUAGAACCACGACGCCGAACGUGUACGUGCAGCCUCGACCGAGACAGAGCGCCUUAGCUCAUAAAAACUCUCUAGUCUCCCGUCGUCCACCCCACGAUCUAGACACCGACCUGUAACUCGUCGGUCGCGUCUCGAUCAAUUCCAUCGGCCAAGCCCGUUGCAUCUCAGCAGAGCAUUUCUCCGCGCGGCAAUGGCCGCAAUGGUUGCCGUUCCCUCAGCCGCCCCUCUCAGUAACCUUUCCGCCACCAUUCCGCCCACCCUUCCGCCAUCGUCUGACUUCAUUCCCGCGGAAUUUCCGUCAAUGCCGCGGCGCAGCCUCACGGUCCAGAUCCCCGACCCCGAGGGCGACGACCUCUGCGCCGCACCCCCGCAGCCCAUCCAGUGGGUCCCCGCGGGCGACGCUUGCGACGACGACGACAACGACGACGAGAUUUGGGACAUCGACAUUUCGCGAACGAGCACUGGGGGGUCCCGUUACAGUGCGCCUCCUUAUUGUAACGGCGGGUACCAGGACCCGCAAGUGCUGCUGCUUGGCCUCCGCGGGGAAGCGGACCGUCCGCCAAUUUCCCGCAGCGGCCCCCAGCCAUGCACGGGCGCGACUGGCGGAAACUCGAGAUUUUCCAAGGGGCAGACGAGCUGCCCGUCCGUACCCGACCGCAACGCUGCUGCGCAAUUUGGCGGAGAUGAGGAUGACGAGGGGGAAGAGGAGUGGGAUGAGGACAGGGACGGCGAGGAGCAAUCGCCCGACGCGGGGAUCACGGCGUCCGAGAUUUCCGCGCGAUUGAAGCUUCUAGAGGCGGAGCUGCAGAUCCUGGAGACGCACCGUCGAGUCGCGGUGUUGCGCUGUCAGCGCGAAGUCAACGGCGCCGCGGAAAUUAACUCCAGUGCGGGGAGGACCUCCGCCUCUUCAGCCGCCGCUUGCGCCAGCGGAGGCGCUGACGCUGCUGCUGCUACGACUGCGGGAAGCCGAGCCGCCAGUAGCUGCGCGGUCAGUAGCGCGGGAAAUUCCGGGAGCAAUUCCGCCAACUCGUCCCGCGCAUCCUCCCGAUCGGAGUCCCCCCUGCGCCUGGGCAGGUGGCGGCGCAGCCGGCGGACGAUGUCGGGUACCGGGAGCAGCGGAAGCAGCCUGGGGCAGAGCAGCGCGACGAGCAGCGCGGGGAGCGGACUGAGCUUUGGGAGGCGGAGCUUCGAGUGGGAUGGGCGGAAAGCCGCGGAGAAGGACAAGGAUUCCGCGCGGGCUUCUCAAGACCUCGCCGUGGCGUGUUUGGCGGAGGAGGGUGCGGAGGACGAGAAGGGGAAUGGAGAGUGCUCGGAUGGAGAGAGUGACUGUGACGAGGGAUUGCAGCUGAGCCCGCAAUUUCGGGGAUGCAUGAUGCGCGUGGCUUGUCGAGCGCCUAAGACGACGACUUCCCCGCGCGGCGCUCAAACGGUAGCGUGUGUUCCGCUGGCGGUGAAAGGCCAUAGUGUCAUUGCUGCGCUGCGAAAGCACCAUCAUAGUUGAUUGGGUGAGUAGUGUGGCUUCCUUGUCUACACAGGGAUAGUAGAAUUCAUGCAGCCUUUCUUUGGCUACGGAAACUGCUUACUCUGUAAAAUAAUAUAAUACUAAAUGAUUUGUCUUUGGUUUAAGAAUAUAGAUCUUCGUAUACC